CUAUAUUGUAAUUUUCGUAACUACGCAUCUCUCGUUUACUUUAUAACUCUUGAUUCCUUUUUCUUACCUUUCGUUUACUGUAUUUCACUAUAAAAUUAUCAUAACCUAAUAACCACGAGGAAGAUGCAAAUACCAACCUUCAUUGCUUCUUUCAUUUCUGUUGCUCUUUUGAGUACUCAAGUCACAGCUAGUAAAGUCUCAUAUGUUAAAAGAGCUAGUUCAAGUCCUCAACAAGCUGAAGUGCUUGAAUUCCUGAACUUUGGGUUUUCGGGAACUUUCAAUAUGGUCAGUCAAUUAGAUAAUAUUUAUUCAGAUACUUGUUCAUGUCAAGUUAAUCCUGCCCCUGUUGAUUUCUCGGGCCCAAAUGCUCCAUUAAAUGGUGAUGUUUCUGUUCAUUUUAGAGGUCCAUUAGUUUUAAAUAAAUUUGCCUUUUAUGUUAGUGAUAACUUUGUUCAUGGUGAUGCACAAAGUUCCAAUUGGACAAGAUUAUCAUACUAUGAUGCUGAAAGUCAAACUUCACAGAAUGUUACAUUUUUAAAUAAUGCAGGUCAAAAUUCAACUUGUCUUGGUUUAGGAUUAUCCUAUGCUGAUUCCGAUGGUGUUAAUGCUUCAAGUAGUUCGGAAAUCUUGGCAGCAAACACAAAACUCUUAUCAAAUCAAGAAAUUUCAAUUUUUUCAAACGUUUCUUGUGGUCCAUCAGGUUAUGGAAAUGACUGUGGUGUUUAUAGAUCAGAUAUCCCUGCUUAUCAUGGAUUCUUUGGUACUACAAAGAUGUUCAUAUUUGACUUUGAAAUGCCAGAUGAAUCUGAAUUACCAGGUUGGACUGCUAACUAUAACAUGCCUGCCAUUUGGUUAUUAAAUGCCAAUAUUCCAAGAACUGCUCAAUAUUCUGAUAAUGUUAAUUGUUCCUGUUGGAGAUCUGGAUGUGGUGAAUUUGAUAUUUUUGAGGUCAAGAACAAUACUCAAAGUGAAGUUAAUCAAUUAUUUACUACAAUCCAUGAUUAUCAAGGAACUGAUGAUAUUGAAACUGGAUUACAAAUAAAUGGUUAUAUCCCAAGAGAUACUCAAGGAUCAAUGGUUGGUGGUGUUAGUUUUGACUCAAAUGGUAAUGCUAUUGUCUGGGUUUCUAAUUCUACUACUUUUGACGAAGUUAUUUCUGCAUCUGACUUCAACUCGUGGAUUUCAAGUGAUGGUAAUGCUGUUGUUGAUAGCUUAUCUUCAGUUCCCGCUGCAUCCUCUGCUUCUUCUUCUAAGAAGAGUUCUGGUAGUAAUGUCAAUAACGAUUCAAUUUAUACAAGGGUCUUUAUCGGAUUAUUCAGUAUGCUUUUUUGGUUCUAAAUCAUUUACUGAAAUUAUAUAUUUAUGCUUUUUAUAGAGAUUCUAUUAAUAAAUGAGACAUUAUUAU